AUGAUGAACAACAGCGGCUACUCGGAGUCCGCGGGGCUCGGCCUGGCCGACGAGGCGGACGAGAUGCCGUCCACCGAGAAGGACCUGGCGGAGGACGCGCCGUGGAAGAAGAUCCAGCAGAACACGUUCACGCGCUGGUGCAACGAGCACCUCAAGUGCGUGGGCAAGCGCCUCACCGACCUGCAGCGCGAACUCAGCGACGGGCUGCGGCUCAUCGCGCUGCUCGAGGUGCUCAGCCAGAAGCGCAUGUACCGCAAGUACCACCCGCGCCCCAACUUCCGCCAGAUGAAGCUGGAGAACGUGUCCGUGGCCCUGGAGUUCCUGGAGCGGGAGCACAUCAAGCUCGUAUCCAUCGACAGCAAGGCCAUCGUGGACGGGAACCUAAAGCUGAUCUUGGGGCUGAUCUGGACGCUGAUCCUGCACUACUCCAUCUCCAUGCCCAUGUGGGAGGACGAGGACGAUGAGGAUGCCCGCAAGCAGACACCCAAGCAGCGCCUGCUGGGCUGGAUCCAGAACAAGGUGCCCCAGCUGCCCAUCACCAACUUCAACCGCGACUGGCAGGAUGGCAAAGCCCUAGGCGCACUGGUGGACAACUGUGCCCCUGGCCUCUGCCCUGACUGGGAGGCCUGGGACCCCAACCAGCCCGUGGAGAAUGCCCGGGAGGCCAUGCAGCAGGCGGACGACUGGCUGGGCGUGCCCCAGGUGAUUGCCCCCGAGGAGAUCGUGGACCCCAACGUGGAUGAGCAUUCCGUCAUGACCUACCUGUCCCAGUUCCCCAAGGCCAAGCUCAAGCCAGGCGCCCCUGUCCGCUCCAAGCAGCUGAACCCCAAGAAGGCCAUCGCCUAUGGGCCUGGCAUCGAGCCCCAAGGCAACACAGUGCUGCAGCCUGCUCACUUCACAGUGCAGACAGCCGACGCUGGCCUGGGUGAGGUGCUGGUCUACAUCGAAGACCCCGAGGGCCACACCGAGGAGGCCAAGGUGGUCCCCAACAAUGACAAGGACCGGACCUAUGCAGUCUCCUAUGUGCCCAAGGUUGCUGGAUUGCACAAGGUGACCGUACUCUUCGCUGGCCAGAACAUUGAACGCAGUCCCUUUGAGGUGAACGUGGGCAUGACUCUGGGCGAUGCCAACAAGGUGUCAGCCCGUGGGCCGGGCCUAGAGCCUGUGGGCAACGUGGCCAACAAGCCUACCUACUUUGACAUCUACACUGCAGGGGCUGGCGCUGGUGACGUUGCUGUGGUGAUUGUGGACCCCCAGGGCCGGCGGGACACCGUGGAGGUGGCCCUGGAGGACAAGGGGGACAGCACGUUCCGCUGCACCUACAGGCCUGUGAUGGAGGGGCCACACACAGUCCACGUGGCCUUUGCCGGGGCCCCCAUCACCCGUAGCCCUUUCCCGGUCCAUGUGGCCGAAGCCUGCAAUCCCAAUGCCUGCCGCGCCUCUGGGCGGGGCCUGCAGCCCAAAGGUGUGCGUGUGAAAGAAGUGGCAGACUUCAAGGUGUUCACCAAGGGUGCCGGCAGUGGAGAGCUCAAGGUCACAGUCAAAGGGCCAAAGGGCACAGAGGAGCCAGUGAAGGUUCGGGAGGCUGGGGACGGUGUGUUCCAGUGUGAGUACUACCCCGUCGUGCCUGGAAAGUAUGUGGUGACCAUCACGUGGGGCGGCUAUGCCAUCCCCCGAAGCCCCUUUGAGGUACAGGUGAGCCCGGAGGCAGGAGCACAGAAGGUGCGGGCCUGGGGGCCGGGUCUGGAGACCGGCCAGGUGGGCAAGUCAGCCGACUUUGUGGUGGAGGCCAUUGGCACGGAGGUGGGGACACUGGGCUUCUCCAUCGAGGGGCCCUCGCAGGCCAAGAUUGAGUGCGAUGACAAAGGUGACGGCUCCUGCGACGUGCGGUACUGGCCCACGGAGCCCGGCGAGUACGCUGUGCACGUCAUCUGUGACGACGAAGACAUCCGAGACUCGCCCUUCAUUGCCCACAUCCAGCCGGCCCCGCCCAACUGCUUCCCUGAUAAGGUGAAGGCCUUUGGGCCCGGCCUGGAGCCCACAGGCUGCAUCGUGGACAAGCCUGCCGAGUUCACUAUCGAUGCCCGCUCAGCUGGCAAAGGAGAGCUGAAGCUCUACGCCCAGGAUGCCGAGGGCUGCCCCAUCGACAUCAAGGUUAUCCCCAACGGCGACGGCACCUUCCGCUGCUCCUACGUGCCCACGAAGCCUAUCAAGCACACCAUCAUCAUCUCCUGGGGUGGCGUCAACGUGCCCAAGAGCCCCUUCCGGGUAAAUGUGGGGGAGGGCAGUCACCCCGAACGGGUGAAGGUGUAUGGCCCCGGCGUGGAGAAGACGGGCCUCAAGGCCAACGAACCCACCUACUUCACAGUGGACUGCAGUGAAGCGGGCCAAGGCGACGUGAGCAUUGGCAUCAAGUGUGCCCCCGGCGUGGUGGGCCCUGCAGAGGCCGACAUCGACUUUGACAUCAUCAAGAAUGACAACGACACCUUCACCGUCAAGUACACGCCCCCUGGGGCCGGCCACUACACCAUCAUGGUGCUUUUCGCCAACCAGGAGAUCCCCGCCAGUCCCUUCCACAUCAAGGUGGACCCCUCCCACGACGCCAGCAAGGUCAAGGCCGAGGGCCCUGGGCUGAACCGCACUGGUGUGGAAGUCGGGAAACCCACUCACUUCACGGUGCUGACCAAGGGCGCCGGCAAGGCCAAACUGGACGUGCACUUUGCUGGGGCAGCUAAGGGUGAGGCUGUGCGGGACUUUGAGAUCAUCGACAACCACGACUACUCCUACACGGUCAAGUACACAGCUGUUCAGCAGGGCAACAUGGCAGUGACGGUGACUUAUGGUGGGGACCCUGUUCCCAAGAGCCCCUUUGUGGUGAAUGUGGCACCCCCACUGGACCUCAGCAAAGUCAAAGUUCAAGGCCUCGACAGCAAGGUGGCCGUGGGGCAAGAGCAGGCCUUCUCAGUGAGCACUCGCGGGGCCGGCGGUCAGGGCCAGCUGGAUGUGCGGAUGACCUCGCCCUCCAGACGGCCCAUACCCUGCAAGCUGGAGCCCGGGGGUGGCGCCGAAGCCCAGACUGUGCGCUACAUGCCCCCCGAAGAGGGGCCCUACAAGGUGGACAUCACCUAUGAUGGCCACCUGGUGCCUGGCAGCCCCUUUGCCGUGGAGGGUGUCCUGCCACCCGACCCCUCCAAGGUUUGUGCUUACGGCCCGGGUCUCAAAGGCGGGCUGGUGGGCAGCCCUGCUCCGUUCUCCAUUGACACCAAGGGCGCCGGCACAGGUGGCCUGGGGCUGACUGUGGAGGGCCCCUGUGAGGCCAAGAUCGAGUGCCAGGACAACGGGGAUGGCUCUUGUGCCGUCAGCUACCUGCCCACAGAGCCAGGCGAGUACACCAUCAACAUCCUGUUUGCCGAAGCCCACAUCCCUGGCUCACCUUUCAAGGCUGCCAUCCGGCCCGUGUUCGAUCCAAGCAAGGUGCGGGCCAGUGGGCCGGGCCUGGAGAGAGGCAAGGUCGGCGAGGCCGCUACCUUCACCGUGGACUGCUCGGAGGCGGGCGAGGCAGAGCUGACCAUCGAGAUCCUCUCAGACGCUGGGGUCAAGGCCGAGGUGCUGAUCCACAACAAUGCGGACGGCACCUACCACAUCACCUACAGCCCCGCCUUCCCUGGCACCUACACCAUUACCAUCAAGUACGGCGGGCACCCCGUGCCCAAGUUCCCUACCCGGGUCCACGUGCAGCCCGCGGUGGACACCAGUGGCAUCAAGGUCUCUGGGCCCGGCGUGGAGCCACAUGGUGUCCUGCGGGAGGUGACCACCGAGUUCACUGUGGAUGCAAGGUCCCUCACAGCCACGGGCGGGAACCACGUCACGGCCCGUGUGCUCAACCCCUCGGGCGCCAAGACGGACACCUACGUGACAGAUAACGGGGAUGGCACGUACCGCGUGCAGUACACUGCCUACGAGGAGGGCAUGCACUUGGUGGAGGUGCUGUAUGACGAGGUCGCUGUGCCCAAGAGUCCCUUCCGAGUGGGUGUGACCGAGGGCUGUGACCCUACCCGGGUGCGAGCCUUUGGGCCAGGCCUGCAGGGCGGCCUGAUCAACAAGGCCAACCGCUUCACAGUGGAGACCAGGGGAGCUGGCACUGGGGGCCUCGGCCUGGCUAUUGAGGGUCCCUCGGAAGCCAAGAUGUCCUGCAAGGACAACAAGGAUGGCAGCUGCACCGUGGAGUACGUCCCCUUCUCCCCCGGGGACUACGACGUCAACAUCACCUUUGGGGGCCGGCCCAUCCCAGGGAGCCCCUUCCGAGUGCCAGUGAAGGACGUGGUGGACGUGGGGAAGGUGAAGUGCUCGGGGCCAGGCCUGGGGGCCGGCGUCCGGGCGAGGGUGCCCCAGACCUUCACAGUGGACUGCAGCCAGGCUGGCCGGGCCCCCCUGCAGGUGGCCGUGCUGGGCCCCACAGGUGUAGCCGAGCCUGUGGAGGUGCGUGACAAGGGGGACGGCACCCACACUGUCAACUAUACCCCUGCUUCCACAGGGCCGCAUCACAUGGCCACAUUCUUCUGACCCCCAGCCAACCAUCCAUCCUUCUGCCCCUCAAGCCCCUUCAAGAUCAAGGUGCUCCCAGCCCACGAUGCCAGCAAGGUACGGGCCAGCGGGCCCGGCCUCAACGCCUCCGGCAUUCCUGCCAGCCUCCCCGUGGAGUUCACCAUCGAUGCCCGGGACGCCGGGGAGGGGCUGCUCACCGUCCAGAUCCUGGACCCCGAGGGCAAACCCAAGAAGGCCAACAUCCGAGACAACGGGGACGGCACAUACACCGUGUCCUACCUGCCGGACAUGAGUGGCCGCUACACCAUCACCAUCAAGUAUGGUGGCGACGAGAUCCCCUAUUCGCCCUUCCGCAUCCAUGCCCUGCCCACGGGGGAUGCCAGCAAGUGCCUUGUCACAGUGUCCAUUGGGGGCCACGGCCUGGGUGCCUGCCUGGGGCCCCGCAUCCAGAUCGGGGAGGAGACAGUGAUCACGGUGGAUGCCAAGGCAGCCGGCAAAGGCAAGGUGACAUGCACGGUGUCCACGCCCGACGGGGCUGAGCUGGACGUGGACGUGGUGGAGAACCAUGACGGCACCUUCGACAUCUACUACACAGCGCCCGAGCCGGGCAAGUACGUCAUCACCAUCCGCUUCGGAGGCGAGCACAUCCCGAAUAGCCCCUUCCACGUGCUGGCGUGUGACCCCCUGCCCCACGGGAAGGAGCCCUCUGACGCGCUGCCGCUACACCAGCCCUACGCCCCGCACCGGCCCGGCGCCUACCCCACACACUGGGCCACUGAGGAGCCCGUGGUGCCCGCAGAGGCCAUGGAGUCCAUGCUGCGGCCCUUCAACCUGGUCAUCCCCUUCACUGUGCAGAAAGGGGAGCUCACAGGGGAGGUGCGGAUGCCUUCUGGGAAGACGGCUCGGCCCAACAUCACUGACAACAAGGACGGCACCAUCACAGUGAGGUACGCGCCCACCGAGAAGGGCCUGCACCAGAUGGGCAUCAAGUAUGACGACAACCACAUCCCUGGGAGUCCCCUGCAGUUCUACGUGGACGCCAUCAACACCCGCCAUGUGAGUGCCUACGGGCCAGGCCUGAGCCAUGGCAUGGUCAACAAGCCGGCAACCUUCACCGUUGUCACCAAGGAUGCCGGGGAAGGAGGUCUGUCCCUGGCCGUGGAGGGCCCAUCCAAGGCGGAGAUCACCUGCAAGGACAACAAGGACGGCACCUGCACUGUGUCCUACCUGCCCACGGCGCCGGGGGACUACAGCAUCAUCGUGCGCUUUGACGACAAGCACAUCCCAGGGAGCCCCUUCACCGCCAAGAUCACAGGGGACGACUCAAUGAGGACCUCGCAGCUGAACGUGGGCACGUCCACAGACGUCUCGCUGAAGGUCACCGAGAGCGACCUGAGCCUGCUGACCGCCAGCAUCCGGGCCCCCUCGGGCAUCGAGGAGCCCUGCCUGCUCAAGCGACUGCCCAACCGACACAUCGGCAUCUCCUUCACCCCCAAGGAGGUCGGGGAGCACGUGGUGAGCGUGCGCAAGAACGGCAAGCACGUCACCAACAGCCCCUUCAAGAUCCUGGUGGGGCCCUCCGAGAUUGGGGACGCCAGCAAGGUUCGGGUCUGGGGCAAGGGCCUGUCGGAGGGACACACCUUCCAGGUGGCCGAGUUCAUCGUGGACACUCGCAACGCGGGUUACGGAGGCCUGGGGCUGAGCAUCGAAGGCCCUAGCAAGGUGGACAUCAACUGUGAGGACAUGGAGGACGGCACGUGCAAAGUCACCUACUGCCCCACGGAGCCUGGCACCUAUGUCAUCAACAUCAAGUUCGCUGACAAGCAUGUACCUGGAAGUCCCUUCACUGUGAAGGUCACUGGUGAGGGCCGCAUGAAGGAGAGCAUCACCCGGUGUCGGCAGGCGCCCUCUAUCGCCACCAUUGGCAGUACCUGUGACCUCAACCUCAAGAUCCCAGGCAACUGGUUCCAGAUGGUGUCUGCCCAGGAGCGCCUGACACGCACCUUCACCCGCAGCAGUCACACGUACACACGCACCGAGCGCACGGAGAUCAGCAAGACCAGAGGAGGCGAGACCAAGCGGGAGGUGAGGGUGGAGGAGUCCACCCAGGUAGGCGGAGACCCCUUCCCCGCAGUCUUCGGGGACUUCCUGGGCCGAGAAAGCCUGGGUUCUUUCGGCAGCAUCACCCGGCAGCAGGAGGGUGAGGCCAGCUCUCAGGACAUGGCUGCACAGGUGACCAGCCCGUCGGGCAGGACAGAGGCCGCGGAGAUCGUCGAAGGGGAGGACAGCGCGUACAGCGUACGCUUUGUGCCCCAGGAGAUGGGCCCCCACACGGUCACCGUCAAGUACCGUGGUCAGCAUGUGCCCGGCAGCCCCUUCCAGUUCACCGUGGGGCCGCUGGGUGAAGGCGGGGCUCACAAGGUGCGGGCCGGAGGCACAGGGCUGGAGCGAGGGGUGGCCGGCGUGCCAGCGGAGUUCAGCAUCUGGACCCGAGAGGCGGGGGCCGGGGGCCUGUCCAUUGCCGUGGAGGGGCCCAGCAAGGCCGAGAUUGCUUUUGAGGACCGCAAGGACGGCUCCUGCGGGGUCUCCUACAUUGUCCAGGAGCCAGGUGACUAUGAGGUUUCCAUCAAGUUCAACGAUGAGCACAUCCCAGACAGCCCCUUCGUGGUGCCCGUGGCCUCGCUCUCAGACGACGCCCGUCGCCUCACAGUCACUAGCCUCCAGGAGACGGGGCUCAAGGUGAACCAGCCAGCAUCCUUUGCGGUGCAGCUGAACGGCGCGAGGGGUGUGAUGGACGCCAGGGUGCACACGCCCUCCGGCGCAGUGGAAGAGUGCUACGUGUCCGAGCUGGACAGUGACAAACACACUAUCCGCUUCAUCCCACACGAGAACGGCGUCCACUCCAUCGAUGUCAAGUUCAACGGCGCCCACAUCCCCGGCAGCCCCUUCAAGAUCCGGGUUGGGGAGCAGAGCCAGGCAGGGGACCCAGGCCUGGUGUCAGCCUACGGCCCUGGGCUCGAGGGAGGCACAACUGGCGUGUCCUCGGAGUUCAUCGUGAACACGCUGAAUGCUGGCUCAGGGGCCCUGUCCGUCACCAUCGACGGCCCCUCCAAGGUGCAGCUGGACUGCCGGGAAUGUCCCGAGGGCCACGUGGUCACUUACACACCCAUGGCCCCCGGCAACUACCUCAUUGCCAUCAAGUACGGUGGCCCCCAGCACAUUGUGGGCAGCCCAUUCAAGGCCAAGGUCACAGGUCCCCGUCUGUCUGGAGGUCACAGCCUUCAUGAAACCUCCACGGUCCUGGUGGAAACUGUCACCAAGUCGUCCUCGAGCCGGGGCUCCAGCUACAGCUCCGUCCCCAAGUUCUCCUCCGAUGCCAGCAAGGUGGUGACCCGGGGCCCCGGGCUGUCGCAGGCCUUUGUGGGCCAGAAGAACUCAUUCACUGUGGACUGCAGCAAAGCAGGCACCAACAUGAUGAUGGUGGGCGUGCACGGGCCCAAGACGCCGUGCGAGGAGGUACACGUGAAGCACGUGGGUAACCGGGUGUACAACGUCACCUACACCGUUAAGGAGAAGGGGGACUACAUCCUCAUCGUCAAAUGGGGCGACGAAAGCGUCCCCGGAAGUCCCUUUAAAGUCAACGUGCCUUGAAUUCCCAACGUGCCUCCCCCAGCCUCAGCCCCCACCUCCAGCCACACACACAUACACACACACACAAACACGGGGCACGCGCACAGUCAGCCUAACGAAUGCCUGCCUGAGGUGGGAGGCCAAUGGCACACUCCCUUCCUAUUGUGCCCCUGGGGCUCUGAGGGCCUUGUCUGCCCAGGACGGUGGCCCUCUCCCCUCAACUGUGACCGGAAGACGUGAGUGGGGCCAGGCUUUGGAACAGAGGCUGUGACUUUUCUGUGGGACUGAGGCCAGUGCUGGGGGCUUGUGUGUGUGAGAGAGGCCACUUCAGCCCGCACUGUCACUGGGCCUCCUCGCCCCUCACCACGCCUCGGCCCCAGGGCUGCCAGGACUUGGAAAAGCACAAUUGGAGGAGCACGCACACCUGCCCAGGCCCGGCUUCCUGGUGGACUGAGUUCUCUUUCAUAUUAUUAAUUUUUUGUUUUUUUAUGGCUGCACAGCUCUGCCCUGUGGGGGCCUUUUGUACACACUGCGAGUGAGGCCCAGCUGCCUGGGGGGGGCUUUUGCACAUGUCAAGCGGCUCGGCCAAGAACCGCUGAGGUGGAAAACUCCAGCCCCCAAAUAAAGUCUGGCCUGUC